GCACAACUCCGCCCUCACACCUCCCCCUCCCCCCACGACGGGUAUGGAUGGAGCCCCCGGCUUCCCUGAGACCCCACGAGCACCGGGCCGGCUGUGGUCCCCGGAACUUCAUGAUCCUUCAGCCGCCCAUGGAGCUGGGCCGCCCAGCGGGGGCCCGGAAAGAUCCCAGGGAAGCACAGGCGCCAGCCAGGACCCUGGACGCCUGCUCCCUUCCCCAAGGAAUUCAACCCCAGAGCACCAAUCAGUUGCUGGAGGAGCAUCACAACUCUCUUCAGAAGCAUUUCCUGUCUGAGGAGAACAUGGUCUCCCAUUUUUCCCACCUCAGUCUGGACAGUGAUCACUCCUACUGCCCAUCAGCAGCUUUCUCCAUGGGUACUCCAGCCCCACCUGUGAUCAGGCCUUUGGAAGACUGUUUUCACUCAACUGAGGAUCUGGGGGUACUCUGCCCCAGCCUUCUUCUGGCCCUGAAUCCCCAUUCAGAGCUACUCCUCUGGCAAUAUCCAGGAAACCAAAUCCCAGAAAUUCUUCGGCUGCUGAGACUGGGAGGCUCCCAGGUAUACCAAAACCACAACCCCCAUAGUGGGGAGGCAAUGGAGCUCUGAACCUCAAAUGACUGCCCUGUCCCUCAGGAACACAAGCCUCUCUCAGUGCCCCCAACUUCAACUCCAUGAGUUGGAUCCAGAGAGGCAGAAUCUGGCCUUCUCUGGAAAACAAGACUCAAAGACCAAAGAGGGUCUAGACACCCAUAUAUUGUACACAGAACUAAAGAAUAGCACCUUCAGGUUAGAGAUAGGUCUAUUACAUACACAUACAUUCAAGGGAUGGUGGCGAAAAUAGAACCACAGAAGAAAGGGUGGGGAGGAACAUCUUAGGGGAUGGGGUGGCUCCCAUAGCAGGGGGCCUUUGUUAAAGCAAAAUAAAGAUUGGUGGGCAAUAAAAAGCAAGUAGCUUCAUUGGUGGGGGGGAAGGGGAGAGGUGCUGUCUGGGGAGAAGGGCCCAAAGGGACAGAUGCCCAGAUCCUUUGCAGUCUUCCCUGGAAAGCGAGUCAGGGCUAGACCCGCCCAGACAUUGAGAAUGUGUGAGUCAGGGCCCUGCCCCCACCCCCGGCUGACUCACAAACUCUUCCCUGCAGUGGCCAGAAACAGUUGGGGACUAAGCCAAAAAGGGGGAUGGAGAUGCCCAUCUCUGUUAGGGGAAGAAUGAGUUCAGACCCUUGUACUGAAGGGGAAAUGGGAGUCUUACCUCUCCACUCAAAUAAAAUUUAAAAAAAAUCAAA